UUUCUUCACUAAAGAGAGGCGAACAGACUGAAGGACAGACGAUCAGAUUCACCUUCAGACCAAACUAACAUCGUCCUCUGAGUGAGUCCAGCUACAGGAGAGAAAAGAGGAAAACUACAACACUGCUGCUUCAACCUGCUGACUCUCCACACACUGAAGCUUCACUCAGACUAAAUGGCUUCCAGAUUAGAGGAGGAUCUCUGCUGUCCGGUCUGUCAGGAGGUCUUUAGAGAUCCUGUUGUUCUGUCAUGUAGCCACAGCUUCUGUAAAGACUGUCUGAAGAGAUGGUGGAGAGAGAAACAAACACCAGACUGUCCAGUUUGUAAGAGAAGAUCUUCAAAGGAAGAACCACCUUUAAACCUGGUGUUAAAGAAGCUGUGUGAGUCCUUCUUACAGGAGAGAUCAGAUAAAUCUGCAGAGGCUCUCUGCAGUCUGCACUCUGAGAAACUCAAACUCUUCUGUCUGGACCAUCAGCAGCCAGUGUGUGUCGUCUGUCUACAUUCAGUAACACACAAAAACCACAGCUUCAGUCCCAUCGAUGAAGCUGCACAACAACACAAGAAGGAACUUCAGAAAACUCUGGAGCCCUUAAAGAAGAAGUUAAAGAGUUUAGAAAAAGUUAAAGUGAAGUUUGAUCAAACAGCAGAACACAUUAAGGUCCAGGCCCGACACACAGAGAGGCAGAUUAAGGAGCAGUUUAAGAAGCUUCACCAGUUUCUAGAAGAGGAAGAGGAGGCCAGGAUGGCUGCACUGAGGGAGGAAGAGGAGCAGAAGAGUCAGAUGAUGAAGGAGAAGAUGGAGGCUCUGAGCAGAGAGAUAGCAGCUCUUUCACACACAGUCAGAGCCACAGAGGACGAGCUGAGACCUGAAGACGUCUCAUUCCUCAACAACUACAAGGCUGCAGUGGAAAGAGUCCAGCAGCGCCCCCUGCUGGAGGAUCACCAGCUGCUCUCAGGAGCUCUGAUAGACCAGGCCAAACACCUGGGCAACCUGACCUUCAACAUCUGGAACAAGAUGAAGGACAUGGUCUCCUACAGUCCUGUGGUUCUGGAUCCAAACACUGCUCAUCCAGAACUGAUCCUGUCUGAAGAUCUGACCAGUCUGAGACGAGGAGAGGGACAGCAGCUUCCUCACAACCAAGAUAGAUUUAAUUAUUACCACUCUGUCCUGGGCUCUGAGGGUUUUAACUCAGGGAUUCACAGCUGGGAUGUCGAGGUUGGAGACAGUACAGGUUGGAUACUGGGUGUGUUUGCAGAGUCUGUCCAAAGGAAGGGAGUCAUACGGUCUGGAGUAUGGAGAAUAGGAUUCAAUGAAGGUAGAUACUCAGCGCGGUCACCACCAGCUCCGGAGACUGAUCUCCCAGUAAAGAAUCUCCAGAGGAUCAGAGUGAAUCUGGACUGGAACAGAGGAAAGUUGUCGUUCUCUGAUCUUGAUACUAACACACACAUACACACCUUCACACACACUUUCACUGAGGAACUGUUUCCAUACAUUUGCAAUGGAGAUGUUCCCCCGUUGAAGAUGUUACCUCUGAAGGUCUCAGUGACAGUGAAACAGACCAGUUAGAGAUACAGAGGAUGAUCAUGUUUAUUAUGGUAUUUAUGUCUUCAAGGGAAAAGUCAGAGAAUGUAACCGAUUAAACUGCACCUGUCCUCCUGCUGUCUCAUAGUUAUCAUUUUCAUUUAGUUGUCACUGCUUUUUGUUUCUGCUUUGUUCUUUUGUAGUUUAACAAUCUGCAUUUUCCAAUUUUUAUAUUUGGGUCAUUUUAUUGAUUCUGAGUCAUUUUAAAUUGUUGUUAAGUUUUUAAUUGUUGUGUGGAGCCAUGACAACCAGCAAACUUAUGGAGAUCCAU